AACUCGCCCACCUCCGCGAACCACAAGCGCCCCAUUGCCGCAGCCUUAAAAUCCGCCCUGCAGACGACUAGCAACAUAAAGAUCCCAUCUUUCCUCCGCCUCCCCUCCCCCAUCCGAUUCGAUACCCCGCCGUUGCACUCGAGCUUUUCCCUCGAUACGCGAUGACGAAGCAGAAUGUUGUGCCGGUGGAGGCCGUGGCCGCCAUCGCGGUGGCGGCGGUGGCCGGCUCGUCUCCCCUGUUUCCCUACCCGCCCCCCCGGUCCUACGGCCGGAGGAAGUACCUCUCCCAGCUCGAGGUCGGUGGCGGCAGGAUCGGCGCGUGGGUGGAGUCCAUGAAGGCCUCUUCUCCCACCCACGCGAAAGCGACCGCCGCCCUGCCUUCCGGCGACGCCGCCGUCGACGAGCAUUCCGCGUGGGUUGUGCGGCAUCCCUCGGCGUUGAACAAGUUCGAGCAGAUCAUGAGCGCCUCCAAAGGGAAGCAGAUCGUGAUGUUCAUGGAUUACGAUGGCACACUAUCGCCCAUCGUCGACGACCCCGAUUCCGCUUUCAUGUCCGACGCGAUGAGAGAGGCGGUCAGGGACGUGGCGAGGUACUUCCCCACCGCGAUCGUCAGCGGGCGAUGCCUGGACAAGGUCAUUAACUUCGUGCGACUGGCCGACCUAUACUACGCUGGUAGCCACGGCAUGGACAUCAAAGGCCCCACGAAGCCCCGACACGACAAGGCCAGAGUAGGCGCUCCUCCUCCUCCCUUCCCACACCAACCCCACCCUCAAACUGAAUCGAUCUCUUGCAGAUUAUUUCGCCUGCAUGCUUAUCCUCUCCUCUCGCUUUGUGUGGUUCAGGCCAAACCCGUUCUCUUUCAACCGGCAAGCGAGUUCCUCCCCAUGAUAGACGCGGUUCACAAGGCAUUGUUGGAGAGGACCAAAUCCACACCUGGUGCCCGGGUGGAGAACAACAAGUUCUGUGUAUCCGUCCACUUCAGAUGUGUGGAUGAAAAGAGUUGGAGUUCGUUGUUCGAGCAGGUGAGGUGUGUGUUGAAGGAGUACCCCAAACUGCGGCUCACUCAGGGAAGAAAGGUGUUAGAGAUUCGUCCCACAAUCAAGUGGGAUAAGGGGAAGGCAUUGGAGUUCCUGUUGGAGUCGCUUGGAUUUGCCAACUGCACAAACGUAAUGCCGGUCUAUAUCGGAGAUGAUCGCACCGAUGAAGAUGCGUUCAAGGUAUUGCGAGACAGAGGACAAGGCUUUGGCAUCCUUGUCUCGAAGUUUCCGAAGGAGACAAAUGCCACUUAUUCCCUGCAAGAGCCAUCCGAGGUUAAGGACUUCUUAGUGCGGCUAGUGGAGUGGAAGCGCCUGUCGAUGAAGGCUUGUUCCAAGGUGCAAGUAGCAUAGAGGUUGCCCCACCACCCCUGUGAAAGCUUAGGUCUGAUGGGACCCAAUGAAACGGGGAGUUCAUGUAAUCCCCUUAUUUUAGGUGCAAAGAACGCCUCAUAAAGAGGCAGAGCAAUCUCUAUGUCCCCUUACUCUUCUUCUUGGACUUGAAAGCACUGCAAUUCAAGCUUUCUUCCCUUUACACGAGCAGCUGUAAUCUUGUAAUUAGAUCUUUGUACAAUCAAAAAAGAAGGAACACCAAUUGUUUUC